AUGGCGGAGCUCCGCUUAGCAUCCUUGCUCCUGCUGCAGGCAGCUCGAGCAGGCCGUCAAGUAAAGUGUGAAGUAACUGUUUUAACUAAUACAACAACCUCGAUCAAAUACUGUCCUUAUUUUCAUAAUCGAUUAGCUCGACCCCAAUCCCAGCUAUCCAGCUGUUCUUGGUUCCGUAAUCAAUCAUGUUGUUAUCAAGCUGAAAUCGAUUCUAUCUUUACCGAUAAUAUACCGUUAUUUAAUGUUAAUGAUCAAUGUCGACAAUCAUUAACUUAUCUUAUGUGUUAUAUCUGUGCACCAGAUCAAAAAGAUUUCUACGCCGAUCGGCGAUUAACCAUUUGCGAUGAUAUGUGUCAAGAUCUUUAUGAUGCAUGUAUCAAUGCGACUUAUAAAGGUGAUCCUAUCUAUUAUUGGUAUCGUAAUGGACGUGAAUUUUGCCAAGGUCGACAAUUUCAAGUUCAAAGUUAUCAAUCUGGCAAGUGCUAUUCCAUUAAGCGUUAUGAAAAUUUAUUAAAUAUCUAUCAGACCGGUCAUGCUAAGCAAUUCUUUACAUCUGCUUACUUCUAUCCUUAUCUUGUCAUCGCUCUGUUACCAUCAUUAUUCUCUACUUUAUCGUGGUCGUAUUGA